AUGGAGUUUAAUAAGAUGGCAAUGCAUGGCAACGGAGCUUUCUUCAUUUCUGACUCAGACUCAACCUCGGAGGAUGAUGAGCUUGUUGAUGUGGACGAGCUUGAGAAGAGAAUAUGGAGGCAAGAAGCACGCCUACGACGUCUAAAGGAACAAAGAAAGACUAAAGAAAGAGUUGGUGAGCAAGCGAUGAUGAGUACGGAGAUGAAGAAAACGUGUAGAGAGCAAGAUGCGAUUACGGAAGAAAUGUAUAAGAUGAUGGAGUUCUAUAAAGCUCAAGGGUUCGUUUACGGAAUCGUUCCCGAGAACGGGAAGCCGGUGAUGAUGAGUGCUUCUGAUAAUCUUCAAGAAUGGUGGAAAGACGAGGUCAGGUUUGAUCUUAACGGUCCAAUCGCUAUAGCAGAACACAAAGAAUCGGAGAAUAUGAUGAAUCUUGCGAGUAACAUCCAAGGUAACGAUGCUGCAAACGAGCUAGGAGUUAGACCACCAUGGUGGCCUACAGGGCAAGAGCAUUGGUGGCCACAAGAUCAAGAACAAGGUCUCGCGCCGCCUUAUAAGAAGCCUCAUGAUUUGAAUAAGAGGUGGAAGAUUUGUGUGCUGACUUCAGUUAUCAAGCAUUUGUCUCCUGGCAAAGCCCGCAAGAUUGUUAGUGAAUCCAAGAAGUUGCGGAAGAAGAUGGCUGCCACAGAAUGGGACAUUUGGUUUAACAUUGUUAACCAAGAAGAGAACUCAUUAAAUCUUGAGACAAUGUUGAAUCUUUCAAACUUUGAGAUGGAUCAAACGCAGAUGAUGGGGAAGAGGAAGCCGGAGGAGAGCUAUCUAAUGGACAAUGAAAUCAACGUUGGAUUUCAAAACAUGAGUUCAAGAAGAGACAAUAACCAACCGGUUUGGCCAAACCGAGACAGUCUUUUGGCAUUUGGAGGUUAUGAAAACGGGCAGGAGAUGGUCCCCGAGUUCAUGUCUAUGUACGAUGGAAACAUGAGCAACCAAACUUGUUCAGUGAUGGGAAAUCAAAGCGUGAAUCUUCUUCAGCCAAUAGCUCAGAAUCAUCAAGAACAAAUGCAUGUUGCUCAGAAAGCAGCAGCAAAACCUAGGGUUCUUUACAAAUGA